GAUCACUCGACCGGUAGAUUUCAAGAUGGCGGCCGCCGCGAAAUGGCGGACGUUGGUUGGCGCGUUUAUUUUGACGCUUUGUGUGAAUAGAGUUACUCCUUCGGCGGAGAUUAUGAAAAAAUUAACUACUGGGUUUGCAACGGCGCUUGAUAAGUGUAAGACCGAGCUAAACGUCCAAGAGAACGUUAUGCAGGAUUUCUACAACUUCUGGCGUGAAGACUACGAGCUGCUGAACCGUGACACGGGCUGUGUCAUCAUCUGCAUGGCCUUGAAGUUCGAUUUAAUUGACGAGGAUGCCAAGCUGCAUCAUAAGAAUGCGCAUGAGUUCGCUAAGACUCAUGGAGCUGAUGACGACCUUGCAAAGCAGCUAGUAGGCAUGAUCCAUGAGUGCGAGAAAGCUACCACCGAAGCCGACGACUGCAUCAGGACCCUGGACAUCGCCAAGUGCUUCCGAACCAAGAUCCAUGGGCUCAAGUGGGCGCCGAGCAUGGAGACGGUGCUGGAAGAGGUCAUGACUGAAGUCAAGCCGUCGUAGUUACGAUUUAGAUGGACUUGAUCAGGGUAUAGUUGUAAUCAUAGUUUAAAGAAGAAAAUAAAGGAUUUGUCAAUUAAAGAGCAGCUCAGCGACCCAAAGAUCUUGGCCUCCGAAAUGAGAACAGCCAACUUUUCCCGAUCCUGCGCCGAUUCCGGCCAAUUAUCAGCUUAGAGCUGACGCAGAUCCGCUUCCACACUGUCUCCCCAGCGUUAACUAGGUUGACCCACCGCACAGCCACCAGUCGGUCUUCCCAAGUACGCUAUCUUGGCAACCCGAUACUCUUUGCUAAUAGGUGAAAAAAAAAAAGAUUCCUGUGGAACCAUCCAACUGUCAUAAUUAUGGCCCACAGUUUCAAUACGGAAUUAAGUAUAAAUAACGGCAUUCUUUUAGAAUUUGUCUGAGUUUUAACAUCUAUUUUUAUAAAUAUUUUUGCAUAGAAAUACGACAUUUUAAUAAAAGUCACACCUGAACGAAUAUAAUUAUUCGAGCGAAUAUAUUUGUUAUCUUUAUUUCCGACGUUUUGACACAAGUUUUACUGGUCGUGGUCGCGGAUAACUGAUGUCCCAGCAAAAUAUCAAAACAGAGAUUAGUGUAACUACCCGACGAAAAGUCUAUGAAAAAGUUAGUGGGAAAUAAAGGUAACAAAAUAAUUUCGCGAUAGACUCGGUUUUAAAUAUGUUUUGAAAUUUGUUAAAAAUGCGAAAGUUUUAGAUGUUAUAUAUUAGAGUUUAUUUGAACCUUAGAUGGGACCUUUUAGACUACUCGUAUAUAGUAGUUGUAUAAUUAGCUGGUUUUACGGUAAGUGUUCUUCUAGAGACAGAGAGAAGUGUGUUGUGUCAGAAGAUUGUAUAGGUGUACAACUACAAACUUUAAUGUGUGUGAGGGUACCGGAUUAAGCUAUGAUUAUACUAUGCCAUUGUUAGUAACAGCAUCUCUAGGAUUUUGUAAGUUUUUCGGCACUUUUUCCACUUGUCGUUAAUUAAUAACGUUAGUUGAAAAUGUAUUAAAAUAUAACAUUCGUUUUUUGGAUCAAUUUAUAUUAAUAAACGAUCAUAAUUAGUUAUUAUUAACAAAACAAACACACACAGACACUAGCAGUGACAGCAAAAUGUUUUGGCCACAAUUCGAACAUUAAGAUUUCCUAAAGAUACGAUAUGAGUUGGAUAUGUCAGUAUCAAAAGUAACGUUUUUGUUUGAUGAAACGUCCCUUUGGACACUAAAAUCUAAUCCAUAUCGAAUCUUUAGCGAAUAUUUGACGCAUCUUAAAGUUCGAAACGAAACGUUUGUCAAUCUACUAUAUGACAGUGUCCAAAAAUUUAGACGGUAAGUACCUGAUAUUUAAAAUUUGCAUCUAAAUAUGUUUUGGAACUAAUUUGUUUCAAUGUACUUAUGCAUUCUUACUUUUCUUUAAACGUUUGGUUCAAUAUUUAUUUACUAUUACUUAAUUAUAAAUUUACAAUUGCCCAGAAUGUUGUUACACUUGAUCAAAAUGCAAUGUUAAAUGGACUCCGAAUAUCAAUAUUGUUAUUGUUUAUUGUAGUCUUCUCUAUUAUUAAAACUUUAGCUUUAAUGUCAGCCAUAAGGUAUUUUAUGUUGAAAACUGUGAGUGUAAGUCAAAUAAUUAUGUUAAAAAUAAAAAUGAUAAUGGUGGUAGUUUAAAA